UUUAAUACUGGUGUAACUUGGCUAAGCGAAGCUGGGGAAAAAAUAAAGUUUAAGACAAGAUCUGGUUGAGGUGAGAGUCUGAAUCGGGAAGGAUCUGUAGGGGAUUUUUUGUGAAGUUUAGUACGGAUACAGCAUAUACCAUACAAUCUUGUAGAUGUAGACGCCAACCUAGAUGAAGUAACUGAGAGGUUAUUAAAAUCCUUAUAAUUGUCUUCCAAUUCUGUAGUUGCAAAACCAAUCUAUAACAGUAUGAUUAUCGAAUAUAAUUAUAUAUUAGCCGCAAACUUUUCUUGCUAGACGGUCGGCGUAGAUUGCAGUGCUUGAAUGCGUGUGCAACCGCAGCCGAGGUGUCAGCAAGUACUGCGAGCUCAUUAAAAAUGUCUGCGAAGGUUUCGUCGUCAUCAAGGUGCUUGGCACUGGGUAGCGUUGUGUUAUGGUUGUUCUUGUACCAUCUCUUAUGCGAUCAUCUAUCUUGGGGCGAGGUCGGCCCGCCAGCGAUCAGUCUGCCGCGGCAGGUGUGCGCGAGAGGCUGUCUGCUUCACCACUCGUGACCGUCACACGAAAUCGUGUUUUUCUCCGCUCUACAUCAACGAAAAAGAAAAAUGGCGUCUACCUCAAUUCGCGAGUUCUACAGUGGUAGAAAUAUCUUAGUAACGGGCGGUACUGGGUUCAUGGGAAAAGUAUUGAUAGAGAAACUGCUGUAUUCUGUACCUGACAUUGGCAACAUCUACAUUAUCACAAGACCCAAGAGAGGAAAGUCUGUUGCACAGAGAUUAGAAGACCUGCAACUUUUGAAGCUAUUCGAACGCCUACGAGAGGAAAAUCCUAAACAAUUGAAGAAAAUCAAGGCGUUGCAAGGAGAUGUCCUUUUUGAUAAUUUGGGAUUAUCCGAAGACGACAUAAAAAAGUUAUCUAAAGAAGUGUCGGUGGUAUUUCAUUUUGCUGCUACAUUGAGAUUGGAGGCACCAUUAAAAGACAAUGUCAAUAUGAACACCUGUGGCACUCAGAGAGCUUUGGACAUCGCGAAGAAAUUUGAGCAGCUGGCUAUCUUCGUACACCUUUCUACAGCUUUUUGUUACCCUGAUUACGAGGUGUUGGGUGAAAAAGUCUUUGCACCACCAGCUAAGCCUGAAAACGUGAUGAAACUGGUUGAGUUCCUAACCAAUGAGCAGUUGGCUCUACUGACGCCGUCCUUACUGGGUCCACAUCCCAACUGUUACACGUUUUCUAAAAGGCUCGCCGAAACUAUAGUAGCACAGUCAUACGACGAGUUACCCGUGGUCAUCGCUCGGCCUAGCAUUGUGUGCCCUGCUCUUAAGGAACCAACUCCAGGUUGGGUGGACAAUUUGAACGGACCCGUAGGAGUCAUGCUGGGUGCCGGCAAAGGUGUGAUCAGGAGUAUGUUGUGUGACGGCUCCCUGGUAGCACAAGUCGUACCGGUAGAUAUAGCUAUCAAUGCAAUUAUAGCAAUAGGAAUGCUGGAAGGAACUCGCAAGGAAAAACCUGAAUCCAUACCAGUUUAUAACGUGAACAACGCGCAUCAGAAGCCGACGACGUGGGGUGACGUGUUGACCAUCGCUAAGGAAUACGGAAGACUGUACCCCUUGUCGUGGCCCCUGUGGUAUCCUAAUGGUGAUAUCACCACAAACCCAAUCUUACACGAGUUUAGAAGAAUUUUUUACCACUUAGUGCCAGCCUAUCUUAUUGAUUUUCUCCUGUUUUUACUUGGACAGAAGAGAAUAAUGAUACGAAUCCAAGACAGAAUUAGUCAAGGUUUGGAAGUCCUGCAAUACUUCACCAUGCGGCAAUGGAACUUCCCAUGCCCUAACUACGACAGUGUUCAAGGGAAACUUAGCAAAGAAGAACAGAUUAUAUUCAAUACAGACAUCACGGAAGCCGAUCGCAGUGAAUAUAUGAGAAUGUGUGUAGAAGGAGGUCGCGUGUUUUGUCUUAAAGAAGAUCCUAGUAAGACGACAAUUAACAGGACGUAUCACAACUUCCUCUACGCAUUGGACUGGUUCGUCAAAAUAAUGUUCUGGCUGUUCGUGAUAUCGUUCCUAGCUGCUUGGUUUGAACCAAUCAGGACUGUACUCUCGUAUGGGGAACCGGUUGUGAAGCAUCUACCAUUUUUAGGGCGUGCAGUUUUCAAGAAUGAAGAGGAACUGAACUAAAUCGAAUUCGCCUAGUUUCAACUAUAGGUAUUCAGUGCAGCUGUACUUAAUUUGGUUUUGGUUUCCUAAUUGAUCACACUUUUAGUUUAUAAGCAUAAGUACAACAAGCCGUGGAAGAGAUGCCGCUACGCAGUGAAGAGCUCCGUCGCGAUUCCCAUUUCCCAACAGCACUAAGGAGGUCAUAUACCUCCAGAAGUCCAUGAAUGUACUGAGACUAAGCUAAGCAGAAUUUGCUCGAGUAGGUACCUACACACUGCCUAGAGGUUAUCAUGCUUAAGGUUUAAACUGCUAAUGUGCUACUUGGCUUAAAAAAAUGUGAUGUUAAGAAAAAAAAACAGCGCAAUCAAUUAUAAGUGAUAUUAAAUCGUGAUAUAAGUACGUUUUUAGUACAUGGAAGUGAGGAAUUCAUUUAGUUUUAAUAAGCUUUGUACUUAUUAAGAUUUUUUUAUACGCAGUUCAAAGUAUAAGACCAUGUGAUACAACCAUGUCAAAGUGAUUAAGGUUAACUCAAGGACAGUAUAUUCGCUUAAUGAGAUUAAAUGCACAUCUGACUCAUAUUCGCAUACAGAGACGUUUUGUUAAUAACAUCGGAAAAAUAUAAGAAUUAAGAAUACCAAGAUGAGGGAAUAAGGUUUUAACUGUAAGAAAAAUGGUGCUGAUUAAAUACUCACAAUUAUGUUUAAGGUAGAUUAUAAAUGUUAGAGUAAUGGCAUAAGGCAACAACUCGGGUAACGCUUUGAUAGUUUUAAUAAUGUGAUAAAUGUAGUUUUUUAUGGAGCAAGGUUUUUAGGAGAUAGAAUUAAAACAAAUAAAAUAUAUUUUACAGUAUAUUUUAGAAUACGUUUGAUUCUUAAUUUUCCAGAAAAUAAAUUAUAUGUGUACAAUAAAACAUAAUUCAUGAUUUAACCCCAGAGGUUAGAAUGAUUAGAAAUACAUGUUUUUAUAGCUGGUUCAAAAAUAAA